ACUCCUACAUUCAGAAUGGGUGCAGACUACUACAAGUUGCUGGGCAUUGCCCGCGGUGCUUCAGACGAUGAAAUCAAGAAAGCUUACAAGAAGAUGGCUUUAAAAUGGCAUCCAGAUCGAAAUGGUGGAUCAGAAGAGGCAUCCAAGAAGUUUAAAGAGAUAUCAGAAGCAUUCGAGGUGUUGAGCGACUCGAACAAACGAGCUGUGUAUGAUCAAUUUGGAGAAGACGGGUUGAAGGGCGGAGGAGGAGCAGCCCAAGGGGCAGGUGCAGGCCCCUCAGGGUUUUCCAACUUCGGAGGCGCUCCAGGUGGAACCACGUUCUCGUUCUCCUCUAAUGGUUUCCCACAAGGUGGUUUCUCUCCAACCGACCCUCAGAAGAUAUUCGAGCAGAUUUUCAGUAGUGGACUCGGUUCUGGCGGUCCGCAGAAUAUGUUCCAAACUUUUAAUAUGAACACGGGCGGGUUCGGCGGCGCGCAGAGCAUGUUCGAUGAAGACGAGGGCCCGGGCAGCGCAUCUUUCCCCUUUGGUAACAGCGGUAUGCCUGGAGGUAUGCCACGGCGAUCAUCAGGACGACCCCAGCGCACAUCUUCACCCGCCCCUUCAUCGCAAAAUCCCGAGGUAUCUCGUCCACUGAAGGUCUCACUAGAGGACCUCUUCUCAGGCGCAACGAAACACCUUAAAGUGGGCCGGCGGCUAUUAAACGGUCAAACAGAGGAUAAGGUCCUUGAAAUCCAAGUUCUUCCAGGCUGGAAGAGCGGCACAAAGAUCCGUUUCCCUCGAGCUGGGAAUGAACAACCAAACGGAGAGGCGCAGGAUCUAGUGUUCGUUGUCGAAGAAAAACCCCAUGAUGUAUUCACACGGAACGGGAAUGAUUUGGUAUGCCGACCAAAGAUAUCCUUGGUAGACGCAUUAACUAGCCCCGGUGGCAAGCGGACCGUGGAGAUGCUUGAUGGACGAAAGUUGCAGGUACCUCUCCCUGCGUCUGGUAUAAUAAAACCUGGCCAAGAGACAACAGUGUCCAAUGAGGGUAUGCCUAUCAGAAAGGAGGGAAAUGCGAAGAAGAGAGGAGACCUGAUAGUGAAAUGGGAUGUUGUGUUUCCGGACCGUCUCACACAAUCACAGAAAGAUGGCCUGCGCAAGAUAUUAGGCUAAACCAUGCUUAGAGAUACUCUACCUUUGGACUGGAAUUUACAAUAUGUAUUAUUAUCAAGCACCUUUACAGUACCAUUGGCAAUUUACUUGGUCAUCACAAUGUGUCGACCUCAAUAUUAUCUUGCUUGGAAGUCUU